AUGGGUAAGAAGAACACCAAGGGUGGUAAAAAGGGCAGAAGAGGAAAGAACGACAGUGGAGGCCCAAAGCGUGAACUUAUCUACAAGGAAGAUGGCCAAGAAUAUGCUCAAAUUACCAAGAUGUUAGGUAAUGGUAGAGUGGAAGCAACCUGCUUCGAUGGUGUAAAGAGAAUGGCACACAUCAGAGGUAAGUUGAGAAAGAGAGUUUGGAUGGGUCAAGGUGAUAUUAUCUUAGUUUCGCUAAGAGAUUUCCAGGACGACCAGUGUGACGUUAUUCAUAAGUACAAUUUGGAUGAGGCUAGAACCUUGAAGAACCAAGGCGAAUUGCCUGAAAAUGCCAAAAUUAAUGAAACUGAUAACUUUGGUUUCGAAUCUGAUGAAGACGUUAACUUCGAAUUCGGUAACGCCGAAGAUGAUGAAGAAGAGGAAGAUGAUGACGAGCUGGAUAUCGACGAAAUCUGA